AUGUACUUGGGAAAAUAUGAGCAGAAGCCAAAAAAUUUGCAGAAGAUCAAGAGAGAAGGGCUUGCACACGAACCAGGUACAAACAGUAAGGAUGAUUUCAUUUGUGGACAGUGUCGAAAGAGGAGCACAAUCUUUACUCCUUCAUCUUUGAUGUCAAAAAUAUCAUUUUGGAAAAACUCGAAAGAGAAACGGCUUGGUUCUAACCAGGUCUCCCGACUGGAUCCAGUAGGAGUCCUUGCAUGUAAUCACGCACCAUGUGGUAGCAAUGCAAUGAUGACGUUGCUGAAAGAGGAAGGCGCAAAUAUGUGCCCUACAAGGACAUCGCAAAAAUUGAUGAAGUCUUUAACGAUAAAAAAAAUUGCGGAGGAGAUUACUGUAAUGUACCGUCGUUCAAGUCAGGUAUCAUUUGAAGACUUAGUGGAAAUGUUAAAAAAAGUUGACAAAAAUGAUGAUCUUUUGAAAUGUCCGUACGUUGUGUGUAAAUAUGAAGACGAAGGUUUCCUGGAACCAAUAUUCCCUGAUUUGGAUGGCAACAACACGGAUGUGUUAGAAAAAGCAAAGGAGAAGUUAAAAUCUUCAAAGAAUACAGCAGCAAUUUUGAGAUGUGUCACAGAGAAGACCAGCCACUGUUUGAACUUGAUCAAGGACGAAAGAACUGGAGAGGUUCACAUUUCCGACGGGACUUAUGGAACCAACGAAAUCCAAGGCUUCGAGAAUGUUCUCAGUUUACAUCUGUUUGUGCUGUCAAGAAAGGGCGAAAAGAUCGUGAUCGCUGAAGAAUGGUCCAACUGUAAAAUGGACAAAUGUGAAGCGGAAUAUAAAUCUGGUCAUGCAAAUAAUAUCAAGGAGUUAAAGAGAGCUUAAGACUCAUAUAUUCAACACGACGUUGUACAAAUUAAGGAUUCUUGGUUUGUCAAAGUGGAAAACUUGCUCAGAAUAUGUGGGAUUGUUAACUUAUAUUCAGGGGAUGUCAUGUGUGUAAAAUGACACCGUCAGAUUUUUAUAAAUUAUGCAAUAACGCAUUACAGAGACUGAAUAUAUCAAAGAACUUAAAUAAUAUGAGAAAGAUUCUAAUGUUUCAUUCAAACGUAUAUAGAUUUAUAUUUUCUUACUUUACACAGCAUUAUUUUAACACGAUCCUCAUAAAACACGAAUAAAUAGUAAAUUUUGUCGUAAAUAACCAAAUAAUAAUGUCGACGCGGCGCUACAUGCUAUGACGUAUGAAA